AAUAAUAUGUAACUUACCAUUUACACAAGUGUUUUACUUUCUCUGUCUCUCUCUAUAUCUCUCUCCUGCAAAUCUAAGCUCUUGUUUCUAUGCAAAUCACAAGCGGCGCCCACUAUCUCUCUCUCUAUAUAUCGAAAAGUAAACAAUGUCGCCAUUUUUAAAUUCAAAUAACACCACCACCACCAACAGCACCAACAACAACAUUUCCUGGUAGAUUUCUUAGAUAUAGAUAGACUCAUUUCAACUUCCUCAUCGAAUAUUUCAAGAAACGAAGACCAACCCAUUUCAUUUUGAUCUUCAUUUCACAAAACCCACAUUUUCAGAUUUUUCAAAAUAUUAUAGAAAUCAAGACUUACCCAUUUCAUUUUGAUCUCCAUUUUCAAAACUCCAUAUUAAAAAGAGCGACUUUAGCUCAAAAAUGGGGGCUUAUAGAGCAGAUGAUGAUUAUGAUUACUUGUUUAAGGUUGUUUUAAUAGGUGAUUCUGGUGUUGGGAAAUCAAAUCUGUUGUCUAGAUUCACAAGGAAUGAAUUCAGCUUGGAAUCCAAAUCCACCAUUGGUGUUGAAUUUGCUACUCGUAGUAUCCAUGUUGAUGACAAGGUUGUUAAGGCCCAGAUUUGGGACACUGCUGGUCAGGAAAGAUAUCGUGCAAUCACUAGUGCAUACUACAGAGGAGCUGUUGGUGCCUUGCUUGUCUAUGAUGUCACUAGACAUGUUACCUUUGAGAACGUGGAAAGAUGGUUGAAGGAGCUUCGAGAUCACACUGAUUCCAACAUUGUUAUUAUGCUUGUGGGAAACAAGGCAGAUUUGCGUCACUUACGUGCAGUUACAACUGAGGAUGCCAAGGCAUUUGCUGAGAGAGAGAGCACCUUCUUUAUGGAAACCUCUGCGCUAGAAUCCUUGAAUGUCGAAAAUGCCUUUACUGAAGUGCUAACUCAGAUCUAUCGUGUUGUCAGCCGGAAGGCUCUUGAUGUAGGGGAUGACCCUGCAGCCUUGCCUAAGGGACAGACUAUUAAUGUUGGCAAAGAUGAUGUAUCAGCUGUGAAAAAAGUUGGAUGCUGCUCAGCAUAGUCAGAAUAAAUGAAGUCUUAGUGGUAGUAUAUUCUCCUGCUAAAGAUUGUGCACUUCAGUGAUUUGAAGAUGCCUUUGUUUCUCUCAGAUAUGUCCAAAAGAGGCCACGUUUGAUAGCAUGCUUUAGAGAGUAGUAACUUGUAUAAGUUGAGAGACGGCUUAAGCGUUCAGAUCUGAGAGACUAUCUCAUUUUGUUGGCAUUCCGUGUUUCAUUUUCUUGUUAUUCUUUUGGCUGCUUCUUUUCUUGGAGUGUUGUUGUAAUCUGUACUAGCCAGAUCCAACCCUCUAGGUUAGAUUAUACUUAUUGCUUGGAUUUGGGAAUUAUGUUAAGACAAUGGUGUUUUUACUUGAUUGAUUAAUUAAUUUAUUAGCUUGUUGGGGUUUA